AUGGGCUGUGCGUUAUCCGGCUCCGGGGUCGACCCGGCCAAACCCGGUCCGGAUGUGAACGGCUCAGCUCCGGCUCCGCCGCCCGAGGACAGCGACGAGAGCCCGGCUUCGCCCCCGCGCCCCGCCCUGACCGAGGAGCAGAAACGACUCGUCCGGGAGUCCUGGGAGAUCCUUCACCAGGACAUCGCCAGGGUCGGCAUCAUCAUGUUCAUCAGGCUGUUCGAGACUCACCCCGAGUGCAAGGACGUCUUCUUCCUCUUCCGCGAUAUCGACGACCUGCAGCAGCUGAGGAUGAGCAAGGAGCUACAGUCACACGGGCUGCGGGUGAUGUCCUUCAUUGAGAAGAGCGUGGCAAGGUUGUCACAGGAAGAGAAGCUGGAGCAGCUGGCCUUUGAGCUUGGUCGAAGCCAUUGUAGAUACAAUGCUCCACCCAAGUACUACAAGUAUGUCGGAGUGCAGUUCAUUGCAGUCGUGAAGCCAAUUCUGAAGGAAAAGUGGACCCCAGAAGUGAAAGAAGCCUGGGAGAAUUUGUUCGAUUACCUGACAACAACAAUGAGGAGGGGCUACCAAGAGACGGAGCAGAGGAGCGAGGUCAACCAAGCCAACUACUCGGCCCGGAGAGCAGCACCCGCCAGCACCAACCAGAACAUAAUCUGA